UGCGCCGGGUCUUGUACAUGUAUAAAUACGCCCUAAAAGCUUUUUCAGAAGACCAUUUAGAAGACCCAUGUACAGUGCACAGGUUAUAUCUGCUCAGACACACAUCAAGAAAUAGGACACACACCAGGUCCAGCCAUGCUGCAGACACUUCUGAUUUGGGCCGUCUUUGCCACAACUCUCCCUCCUCCAACCUGCCAGCGUUGCUUCAAGGCCAAUGAGUCUCAGUGUGACAAUGCAGACUUCACUCCGGGAUCUGACCUAGCAGGAGAAGGCUUUGACAUCACCACCAUGCAACGGAAAGGGGCCUUUGUCCUUGACAUGAGCUCCUGGCUCAAGAAGGACAAGUCCUGCACUCUGUGUAAAAACCCCUACAUGGGAGGUAAAGCACAGAAGCUCCCAGUUUCUGUGGUGGACUGGAGACCAAAUCAGAAGUGCAGAACAAAGUUAUCCAGCUCCGUCUAUCAGUCCAGCGAGGCCCUGGUCAGCGCCAGCACCUCCUCUGUCGAGAACAACUGGCAGUCAGACUUGCAAAUAACAACUCCAAAAGUCCAGGGAUCACUGAUGCUGGCAGGCAGUAACUCCAAGCUGGCUGAGUAUUCAAUGAAGAAGACCAAAAACGACAAGUUCAGCUUCACCAGUCAUGAUGUCAUAUGUGGAUACUACAGAUACAGGGUUUCGAACCGCCCACUCCUGCACCCAGAGCUAAAUGACGAAUUAGGAAGUCUCCCUAAGAAAUAUGAUGAGUCAUCAAAGCACCUCUAUUACAAGCUGAUUGACAAGUUUGGUACUCAUUAUAUCUCAAAGGUGACUCUGGGUGGAGAGGUUCGCUCUGUGACCAGCAUCAAGGAGUGCGAGGCGUCCCUGCAGGGUCUGAGCGUAGAUGAGGUGAAGAUGUGUCUGGAUGUGGAGGCUUCUGUCAGUAUGGGAAUAGCUUCAAGUCUGCAGACUGAGGCUCAUCACUGCAAGCAGGCCAAGGACAAGACUACGAAUAAAAGGAGUUUUGCUAGCAGCUUCAGUGACAGAGAAACAAAUGUGAUUGGUGGCUACACUCAGAGUGUCGACCUCCUUUUCUCAUCAAAUAACGACCCAAAGGCCUAUAAGGAGUGGAUCACAUCUCUGCCUGCUCACCCUGAUGUGCUGUCCUACUCAGUCACGUCCCUUCACGAGUUGCUGCCAGCGAAACAAAAAAUACGAGCGCAUUUGCGCACUGCCAUCAAGGACUACAUCCUCCAGAGGGGCCUGUUGAAAAACUGCACAAGCCCAUGUAAGACCGGUGUGAAGACCAAUCCCAAAGAACCGUGCAGCUGCAGCUGCCACAACAGACGGGAUGUGGCCCUCAACUGCUGCCCAACACAGAGAGGAUUUGCUGAAGUCACUAUAACUGCAAUCAGAGCCACGGGUUUAUAUGGAGAUUACUGGACACAGACGGACGGAUUCGUCAAGAUCCUCCUCAAUGGACGGACCAACAGAGGCCAGACGUCCGUGAUCGGGAAUAACAAUUCGCCAAAUUGGAACCACCAAUUCCACCUUGGAACUGUGGACCUUACUCAUUUCAGCAGUGUGAAGAUGGAGGUGUGGGACGAGGACAGUGAUUCAGAUAACGACCUUCUCGGGGCAUGCAACGCUCCACUGAAAUCUGGAGUGAAGAAGGAUGCCUGUGCACUGAAUCACGGAGUUCUCUAUUAUAAAGUGGAGGUGAAGUGCGUUCACGGGUUGACUGGUUCUUCAUGCAAGAAGUACAAUCCCUCUCCCAUGGAUGCACAGCUGGAGAAAGUGUACGUCUCCCGGAACGCUCGCCCGAUUCCCAGAGGCAUGCUGCUGGAGAUGGGAGUGCUCCUCGAUGAGCGUAUUCCCCGCUUCAAUCAGAGCAACAUUCGCAAAGCUAAAGGUCUUGAGUUGUAGACCAGUUGUGUUCUUUGUGCAUAUUCACGCCAGUUAUCAUGCUGUUUGAAGUAGAAUAGGUGCACAUAAUAUUGGCACAUUACUACUAAACUUUUCCUCAUUCAAACCUUUGCUCAUUUGUGUUGUGUUUUGCCUUUUUGAAAGCUUAAUAAAAGUCAUAUGAAGCAAAAAAUUUUUACAGUUG